UAUAUAAAUAUCAUAAAAUAUUAUAUAAAUAUUAAUAUAAUCCAUGAAAAAUGGAUGAUAUGGAAAUGAAAAUGACGCAACUUACAGUUGCACGGCAACAUAAUCGAUAUAAUAAACAGUAUUCAAGAGUAUACACAAUUAGAUAAAUUAAAUAAUUUAUUCUCAUUAUUAUAUGUAUAUAAUGUUUAUUAUUUUUGUGAAUGAUGUAUCAAGAAAAUGUCUCGACCGCUACGAAAAGUAUUUUAGAACCUGGUGUAAUUAAUGAAGAACUUCUUGUUAAUUUAACAAUUGAUCAAGGCCCCAAAGGUGAUGCUGGAAAACAUUUUCUUGAAGAUGGUAUUAAAUUGGAUGCCAUUACUGAAAUACGAAUUGAAUUUUGUAAUAUUUUGAAAAUUGAUCACCUUUGGGUAAUGCCAAAUUUGAUAAAAUUACAUUUAUCAAAUAACAUUAUAGAAAAAAUCGAAAAUUUGGAUGCCCUUGUUCAUUUAAAAGAACUUGAUCUAUCUUUUAAUCAUAUUAAAGUAAUGGAGAAUCUAAAUCAUUUAAUUGAAUUGGAAAUACUGUUACUUUUCAAUAAUCAUUUUUCUAAAAUCGAAGGCAUAGAUAACUUACAUAAAUUACACAUUUUUAGCAUUGGAAAUAAUCAGAUAACAGAUUGGGAACAUGUCAUUUAUUUACGACAAUUCAAACGUUUAUGUAGUUUUAACAUUGAUAAAAAUCCAUGUACAAAGAAAGAUGGAUAUCAAGAAUAUUUAAUCGCAUUAAUACCGCAAUUAAUUUAUUAUCAAUAUAAAAUGAUAACCAAAGAUGAACGUCAAUCUGCUGUAAACAAACAUCAACGUUUGAUUAGUAAUAUAGAAGAGGAAGAAGCAAAAAAGAAAAAGCAAUUGGAUGAACAAGAAACAUAUAAAAAUUUACAAAAUUUAUUGUCUAAAUCAUAUGUAGAAUAUUUAAAUGAUGAUAGCUUUUUUUGGCAAAUGUAUCUUGAUGACAAAGAAGGAAAAGAUUUGUCUGCAGUAAAUAAUGAUACAAAAAAUGCUUUUGAAGAAUAUAAAAACAAAAUCACGUCUAUAUGCUAUGAAUUGUAUGAAAUUGGAUUGAAGGAACAAGUUAAACGAGAUAAUGAAAUUAAAUUAUUCAAUGAUGCUGUUAAUGAUGGCAAAAGUAAAGAACUAAACGACUCAAGAGAUAUCGUAAAUGAACUAAUGGACGAAAAAGUUAAAGUUUUUUCACAAAUAAAUUUAUUAUUUCAUAUACUUGAUGACAUAGAAAUGGAUGAUAUUGAUGAUAAUGUUGAAGUAGUACAAGAUUGGUCUAAUCAUUUUAAUGAUAUGAUAUCUAAAACAUGGACAAAAUUAAUGUCCAAAGAAAUUAUAUUACAUGAUCAAUUAGUAGAAAUAAAUGAAAUUUUUAAAAUAAACAUGACUAACAUGAUUGAGCAAUUUUUGGAAAUUGCUCGAGAAUAUUUUUCACAAAUGCGAAAUGCUGAAGCGGAAUACAACGAUACUAUUAAUAAUAUUAUUUCAUACUUUAUCAGUGGUUUUAGGGAUGAAACUAAAAUUCCACGUCAUUUGUUAGAACUAUGCGGAGAUAAAGAUGUAUUGAGCAAUAAUCUGGCAGCAUCACACGAUUUACAUUUACAUACAAUUGAUGCUAGAGAAGAUCUUAUGUUAGGUAGACUAAAAACAUGGGUCAAUGAUUAUUGCGAAAAGCUAUAUAAUAAGGAAACUAACAGGCAUCGUCAAAAAAUUUUGGAGAUUACCUAUUUUCUAGAAGAUUUACAUAAACAAUUUAAUUCAUUAGUAUUAUUACAUCUACCGUAUUAUCAAGUUGAUAAUAUUUCUUUUUUAACUAAUAAGAAAGAAUAAUUAUAGAGUUGAAUAAUUAUUAAUGGUAUAAAAA